AUGACAGAGCAGUCCCGGACUCACCGGGUUCACACGGUUGUUCCCAUCCAGGAGGCUGCCCAGGAGUACAAGGAAAGAAUCCAGGCCCAUUUGAAAACUCUGAGGAAAGAGAGAGAAAAGCUGCUGGGAUUGAAAGCGACUGGAGAGAGGAAUUGCCGGGAAUAUCUGAAACAAACACAAACCGAGAGGCAGAAGAUUGUGUCUGAAUUUCAGCAACUGCAGCAGUUCCUGGAGGAACAAGAGCGACUCCUGCUGGCCCAGCUGGAGAAGCUGGACAAGGAGAUUGUGAGGAUCCAGAAUGAAAAUGUCAGUAAACUCUCUGAGCAGAUUUCCCGUCUGAGUGAGCUGAUCAGUGAGGUGGAGGGGAAGUGUCAGAAGCCAGCGAGUGAAUUCCUACAGGAUGUCAGAACCACCUUGAGCAGGUGUGAGAAGGGGAAGUUCCAGCAGCCAGAGGAGAUUUCUCCUGAACUGGAAGAGCGAGUCAGUGGUUUCUCCAAGAAAACGACUGUGCUAAUGGAGAUUCUGGGGAAGUUCAAAGACACUCUGCCAUCUCAACUGGAGAGAAAAAGGGGAGAAUUGUUUGGACCACACAGACAGGUGAAUGGGACUCUGGAUCCAGACACGGCUCAUCCCAACCUCGUCCUGUCUGUGGAUCGGAAAAGUGUGAGAUGCGGAGACACACGACAGCAACUGCCCAACAACCCUAAGAGAUUUGACACUGAGCACUAUGUGCUGGGCUGUGAGGGAUUCACCUCGGCAGAUACAUUAUACGGCUAG